GUCACGUGACUGAUCAUGUGCUCCAAAUGUUGUGACUGAAGAUGUGAUGUCAGUUCAGCUGAUCGCGGGGUAAAAGUUCACUUUUCACUUCGUACAUGGAAACUUGACGGGUCAAAGCCGCUCACCCGGACAAUAUGUAGAUCGUGGACGAAAAUUUAGUCUGCUUGACAGAAAGGAGAGAUCACGCUCGACUGGGAGAAACGGGCCUUUUUAUGACACUAAGCGUUUGAUCCAUAGAAGUAACGUCAACGCUGUCUACGUCAAAUGCACGUACGGCAACAUGGGAGAGUUUGAGAAUUUCAUUAAAAGUAACGUUUGGGUGGUGGUAGUGGUGGGGAUUGUGUUGGUUGUCAUCAUUAUCCUCGUUGUCUACUGUAUAUGUAAAUGCAGACAUAAUGCUCGCUAUGACUACACUGCACUUCACGAGGACAUCGCACUUCCAGCAAAACUGGAGUUAGAAAGCAAACAACGCCAAAAUGCAGUCAGAGAGGCUGCCUUGUUAAAUUGUCAGUAUUACCUGCGGUCACUUGGUCAGUAUGUACUGGUGGACCAGAUGGAGGACAUAGGAAGCAGAGUUGGGAAGCACUGGUUUCUGAUAAAAGAUGUCCAAAGUCGCACAGAGAAGGUGCUAAGUAUGGUUCCCAAACCACAUGCAAUGCCAAUGUUUUUUACUGCAGCCAAUAAAAAGACUUUGUCAGAGGUGAUGACAGCAAUUCAGAUACAGCAUCCCUUCAUAUUUCCCCUUCAUGAUAUAGACUUUGUUUUUGAACAAGACUUGAUAGUAGCUAUACAUCCUUAUAGCAACAAGGGAUCAUUAAAAGAUUUAAUAUACAAGACACGGUGUUCAGAAGCAUAUGUCUCCAAAUAUAACUUCAGAAGUAGUGGUCUACCAUUACAGCAAUUACAGACAUUUGGGAAGCAGAUUUUAGAGGCUCUGUUGUUCUUAUCAGAGAAGGGAUUUCCUUCACACGGACAUGUGCAUUCAGGAAAUGUGUUUAUCCAAAACUCUGUAUGUAGACUGGCUGGAUAUGAGAACGCUUUCCUUGGUCUUGAAUCUAAAUUAGAACCAAUUCUUAAGAAGAAGCUCAGGGAUAGCAGGGAUUCUAUUGAUUCACUUUGUUUUGGCCAUUUAUUCUAUGAGAUGUCGCGGGGUUUUGAACUCGAUACUGCCUUUCCGGAAGCGAGACACCUGAUCAAACUAACCCCUCAUGUGGCAGAGGUGCUGAACUAUAUAUUCCACAGUGAAACUAUUCCAUCCAUACAAGAGAUAAACCAAUGGAGCUUUUUCAGUCCAGUUAUCCUGCCUGCCCUGAAGUUGUACAACCCUGUUCCAAUUCACUUCACAUCAAACAUGAAGGCGUUACUGAAGAGUGUAAAGAAGGGAAAAUUAUCAUCAAAAAAAUUGAAGAGGAAAUCAUCAAGUGAAGCAGAGCAGCCACCAUACAGUAAACCAGGUCUUCCUUUUGUUUAAGACAAACAUGUAGGUAAAGGAAACAAUUUACAAGUACUAUGUACCAGAGAUAGGAUAACUCAACUAACUGGGUGGGAAAAUGGUGGCAAACUGACCUCUUUUGUGCUGAAUUGCUUGGAUUUUACUCCCCCUUUUUCCAAAAAUUGUCACACUUUGGGCCUUUUUUUUUCUGUGAGAAUGCUAGAUUCAACAAAGUUAAUCAUUGCAGUUUCAGGGGGCAAGCUGUGAACCUUGAGUUAUAACAGUUUUGGCUGCAUUUUUUGCAGCCUACAAGUGAACUCAAGAUUUUGUUUUGUAAUUAUAGUGAACAUUUUACAUGAAAGUACACAGACAACAAUUUUGACAUUGGCAUUAUUUUUCUGUCAAUCUGACAAAUUCAUUUUAUUUAGUUUUAUGAAAUGAUAUAAAAAGCAUGCUGUAAUUAUGUGGUACUAAUUAUGCAAAGUCAACGUAGGAAUUAGGAUGGAAAGAAAUAUGUCGAUGUCAACGAUAAAAAAAACAAUUAUGGCUUUAAUUUUGGCUUUAAUUUGGUACAGUUUUGAAAGCCAUUUUCUCAAAAUUCAUUAUUGUGAUGACAUUAUGUUGACAUUGUAUGAUCAGGGACAAAAAAAAAAAAAAAAAA